AUGACACUGGCAAAACAACCGGUCUAUAGCUUUAUGCGGCCUGUCAAGCUAAUGCAUAAGAUACGUUUGACAGCAAAUACAGGGGACAUCUUUGGUAUGCUCACUUCUAGCGGACUAAACUCCACUUCCUUCACCAUGGAGUGGAAUUUAGUAUGCUAGGUCAGUUCAGGCGCGAGCGUUUUGCAACACCCCUAGCUCAAGUUACUCUGCUGACUGUUUGAAAUUAAUUGUAGAAGUUAGUUAGUUUAACAAGCUAGUGGCAACUCAGAAUUACAAACACAUGAACCUCAGUAAAUUAUCUCAUUGUCCUGUUUGUCUGCCAUGCCUUGUAUGGCAUAACGACUGACAUAUACUGACUUAUUCACUUUGUUUUCAUACACGACUGCAGGCUAGUCGUUGUUGUAUUUUGUUUAUUUAGUUAUAAACCACACGUGACCUGGAUGCUUCCGUCUUCGUUUCUCCACCGGAGUUCAACAGCUAGGCCUUCAACGGUUUUGUAGUUCUACUUUGAUUCCAAUAUACCAGCUUUCUGAAAAAGAGUGCAGAUAAGUGGUAUAAAAUAUUUUAUUGAGAAUUUCACGGCAUAACGACUCAAAGUAACACACGGUUGUCUGGCUAAUUACAAAGGUUUGGAACUUAAAACGUAAAGCAAAAUUAUUCUGAGCGGAGCAUGCCCACUGUUGCAAUCAUUAUUUACUUCCGGUAGAUAUUUAUUUCGCUAGCCAGCAGGUUCGCUACCCUAAUAAAAUGCAGCAACGCGAAGAAAAAUUGCUGGACGCAUCCGUGGAAUCGCUUAUUUCCCGCGUAGCUCAUCUAAAAAACGCUCUUCACAGUUUCAUCUACAAGUUGGAAAACGAGUAUGAACGACUGACAUGGCCCUCUGUAUUGGACAACUUUGCCCUCUUGUCCGGUCAGUUGAACACCAUCAAUAAACUGUUGCGGAAUGAGAAGACGCCAUCUUUCCGCCAGCAGAUCAUCAUCCCCCUGCUGUUGUCUCCAGACAGGGAUGAAGAACUAGCUAAACUGACAGAGCAACGCGUGCCUGUGUUCAGCCAUGAGAUUGUGCCGGAUCACCUGCGCACCAAGCCUGAUCCUGAGGUGGAGGAGCAGGAGAAACAGCUGAGUGCGGAAGCUGCCCGGAUAGGACCUGAGGUGGCACAGAAACAAAUCCAGACACUGAACAAACUCUGUUCAAAUCUACUGGAGAAACUGAACAAUCCUCGUGAUGACAGGGAUGCAGACAGUGCAGCUAUACGGCAAAACAAACCAUCUUUCAACCCUGCUGACACCAACGCACUGGUGGCAGCGGUGGGAUUUGGGAAGGGGCUUUCGAAGUGCAGGCCCCCUGGUCCUGUGGCCCCUGGACACACAGGACAAGGGCCCAUGAUGAGCGGAGGUCCCACCUUACAGCAGGUCACCAUCGGUGGGGGUUCAGGCCAGCAGCAAGGCAUGGGGCCUGGUGCUCCUCAGCAGCAAGGACAGCCAGGGAAAAUGCCAUGCAACAUCAAGACAAACAUCAAGGCUGCCUCCUCAAUGCAUCCUUACAACCGAUAAGAUCCGCUCUCUAUCCCAUACUGAUAGGAAGCCUACAGAGUGAGCCAUGUAAAGUAAUGCAAGUAUUCAUAUGAUAUAUGUAUGCUAUGUUAUCUUUUGAUUAAAUACAUCAUUUUUCGAAGAAAGUAUCAUACUGUGAAAGUGCAGAAAUUUGUCAGAUGUGCUUCCAUUUGUGAACACUAGAGAGCACUGUCUUUCCAUUUAUAUUCAAGGGACAAGACAGUUUGAGAACUUGGUCAUUGUUGCAGAAAAGGUCACUGGUUCGAAUCCUCGAGCCGGCUAGGUGAAAAUCUCAUUGUGCACUUGAGCAAGGCACUUAGCACUAAUACUUCAUCUAAGUCGCUCUGGAUAAGAGUGUCUGCUAAAUAACAAAAAUGUAAACAAGUCUGCAUUAUGUUAUGUCUUUCAGAAAUGUAUAAUACAAUUGUGGGGUUUAGUGUCAGUCAAAAAAGGAAUAUAUUUAAAACCUGCUUCACCAUGUCUCUCCAGUCAUCUGAACCCUAGUACUGCCUCCUAUCCCUUCACCAUGUCUCUCCAGUCAUCUGAACCCUAGUUCUGCCUCCUAUCCCUUCACCAUGUUGUCUCUCCAGUCAUCUGAACCCUAGUACUGCCUCCUAUCCCUUCACCAUGUUGUCUCUCCAGUCAUCUGAACCCUAGUUCUGCCUCCUAUCCCUUCACCAUGUUGUCUCUCCAGUCAUCUGAACCCUAGUACUGCCUCCUAUCCCUUCACCAUGUUCUCUCCAGUCAUCUGAACCCUAGUACUGCCUCCUAUCCCUUCACCAUGUUCUCUCUCCAGUCAUCUGAACCCUAGUUCUGCCUCCUAUCCCUUCACCAUGUUCUCUCCAGUCAUCUGAACCCUAGUACUGCCUCCUAUCCCUUCACCAUGUUCUCUCUCCAGUCAUCUGAACCCUAGUUCUGCCUCCUAUCCCUUCACCAUGUUCUCUAUCCAGUCAUCUGAACCCUAGUACUGCCUCCUAUCCCUUCACCAUGUUCUCUAUCCAGUCAUCUGAACCCUAGUACUGCCUCCUAUCCCUUCACCAUGUUGUCUCUCCAGUCAUCUGAACCCUAGUUCUGCCUCCUAUCCCUUCACCAUGUUCUCUCUCCAGUCAUCUGAACCCUAGUACUGCCUCCUAUCCCUUCACCAUGUUCUCUAUCCAGUCAUCUGAACCCUAGUUCUGCCUCCUAUCCCUUCACCAUGUUCUCUAUCCAGUCAUCUGAACCCUAGUACUGCCUCCUAUCCCUUCACCAUGUUGUCUCUCCAGUCAUCUGAACCCUAGUUCUGCCUCCUAUCCCUUCACCAUGUUCUCUAUCCAGUCAUCUGAACCCUAGUUCUGCCUCCUAUCCCUUCACCAUGUUCUCUCUCCAGUCAUCUGAACUGUAGUUCUGCCUCCUAUCCCUUCACCAUGUUCUCUCUCCAGUCAUCUGAACCCUAGCACUGCCUCUUACAGUAUCCCUUCACCAUUCCGGCCAUUCUGAAUAAUGUAAGCCCGGUGAGAGUAAUGCGGCUGGACAUUGCACUGCCUGGCCUGAUAAUGUCAAAGUCGUUAAGGGAGGAAAUGAGAAAGUUCAUGCUGACGUGUUGGGGGCCUCUGUGCUCAGCCCCACCGUGGUCUGUCCACUCUAAUCCCUAUCCCACCUCCCGCUGGGCGGCCGGCACUACAGCACAAGGACAAUGACCGCUGUGGCUGUCACACGAUACGACACAGGUCGCUGGGUGACCUACAUACACAAUGUCCUCUGCCGGCCUGACGUCUCGCUGUGUCAGCCUCAAUGCCCUGGUAAGAAAGGAGAGUCUGCUGAGACAGCUAGAAGAUGCACAGGGUCAGACUUUCUAUAGAUGUCUUAUAAACAGUGGACUAUAGGCAGAUGCACAUUGUGUCCAUUUGGCCUAACUGAGAGAGACUCCUGAACAGGCUGUUACUGCCUUGUUUUGACCCUACUGCAGCUCUCUCUAUGUGAAAGAAAUUUAGGGCUACAACUCGUUAUACAAUAAAAAUCAAUGUUUCCCGGAGAUGUGAGUCCCUUGUCAAAUGACAUAUUUUGUACUUUCCCCUUUUUUGUUUGUCCCAGUAGGACAUGAGAAGCGUUGCGAUAAUGAAGUGGGUUUGAGGGUUGGGCUGACCUCUACCCACAUUCAAUUAGCACCUACUGGAGGAUAAUAUGUGUAAAGAUGAAUUCUCCUGUUAAAUAUUUCAGUAAUAAUGUGUACGGAACAUUUGUCACAAGAUUAAUUACGUGGUGCACCAGAAGUGCCUUCGUGUGGAAAAUAACCCAUGAAAUGGUCGUGGUGAAUUUAGAUAGAGGGUGCAUUGUUCUUGUCAUUCUCCUCUUGAUUGUUUUUUAGAUUCAUAUUUUGCUCUUGUUUCCUCAAUCACAUGCUCAAUCUGAUUCGGAUUCAUCCUCCAAUAAUUGAUUCUAAUCUUUUAAUGAUAGGGUGACAUCUGCAAUUUCCAUUUAAGAGAAAGUGUUUAAUCUUUUCUAGGAUGCAAUGAGCUUCAGGAUGUCAUUGAAUGCCACCUAACAUAAAGCCAUUAUCUUUAGGUAGUGGCAUGUAGCAUAACGGUUAAUAGUGUUGGAGCAUCACCGAUCCGUUGUGCCCUUGAACAAGACAGUUCAUCCUAAUUGCUCCUGUAAAACGCUCUGGAUAAGCGCGUCUACUAAAUUACUAAUAUGUAAACGUAUGUGGCUUUGCUGGUGUGUCAGUCAGGCCAUCUUCCUUCGGCUUAGUCUUCAUAGACAUGGUGUUGAACUUUGAACUGACCAUGAGGGGUCAGCAGUCUUUCACAGCUGAGUCUUUUGUGACAAUAUUCCACAAUCUACAGUAAAUCCUUCGGUCUUUAGGAUGCAAGUUCAUGGUCCAAACACACUGUGAUAUUUUAGAGAUUUGUUGCCUUUUCUCUGACAAUUAUCAUGAUACUUACAUAUGUUACAUGAUAAUUACACAUUUCUUCUCCCUGAGAUUUUUGGAUGAAUACUGAACGUGACUGCUUCCUCCAUAUCCAUGAUCCUCUCUGAAAAUCCCAUAUUCCCCUGAAUUUAUGUAGCUAGCCCAGCAAGAUAGUCUCGCAAUGCUCACUUGUUCUGGCUUUGUCUGUGAGGUGAUUGCAAUGCCAGUAUAUAUAUCUAUGUCCUUGAUCAUCUAGAGAGGAGAAUGUUUAGCAUUUCUCAGUUCGGUUUGGAUUUAUGUUCCAGAGAAGAUUGAUGGUUUUUCUUAUGGGUUGGAUUUGAAUUUUGGCUUUGUAAUAAAUGAUUUUGGCACA